CAGGAGGGCAUCAGGGCAAGCUUGGCGGGAGGCCGAGACCAAAAGUGCUCAACGCACAUUUUAUAUGAGCACUUACCCGGCCAGCCUCUCAUUCUGAGCCCGAUCGUCUUUCUGCUGGCCAUAUUCCUCGCACGAGGAGCUUUCAAAAACUACAGUGACAUUCAGCAGAUUUUGGACUUGAAACCACCAUCUGAUCAAGGAUACUGGGUUUUGGAUUGGGCAGAUCAUGUUAAGGAUCUCCCAGUGUUUCCAACAAUGACUGCAAAGGGUAUGACCCAGAAGAUUCAAACGGCUGGUGCGUUUGCCAAUCAGAUCAGGGGUCUAUCAAUACGUGCAGGAAUGGAACGACCCGUGACACCACAUGGAAUCCGCCGAGAAUGCCUGAUCCAAGCUACAAGUAACGGUUACUCCAAGGAUGAGUUGAUGAAGUUUGCUGCUCAUACAAACCAAAUUACACUAACCAGGGACUAUUUGAGCUCCAUUACGCAUGUGGAUGGUCAAGGAAGUUUUCUCAAGAUGCCCCUGCGGAGCGAUCAAGCAGAGGACUUCCGUUCAAUGACUGUCAAAAGAAAUCCAGAUCUUUUUCUCUCUUUGCCUGCAAAGGCACAGGAUGAACUAAGACAGCGACCUGAUUAUGUUGUCAUUUCCGAGCAGCUCAAGGAUCUAGCUUCCAAGACGGAUGCUCAAAGCAGAAAAGACAAAAGCCGACUUAUCUCACGCAGACGCAAGCUUGAGAAAGCGGAGCUAGACAAAGCUCGCAGUUCCCAGUCCCGGGUGCACCCAAAAGAUCGCGAAGAGCUAGAGAGGCAUCAUGUAGACCAGGACCGUUCCCGGUUUGGGCGCCUGAGACACAUGAUGCCGGAGCGCAGACGUCUCUCCAACGCACUAUUUCAGGUGGCUGAUCUAAGGAGCGAGAUUGGAAUUUCGGCCAUAAAAGAUCUUUAUGGUCUUUUAAAGAACGAUUGCCAAGUUGCGUAUCAGCCAUCUCUGCGGCCAAUUGAUGGCAAAUGCCCCAGGAAGGAAUGCAACCUCGAAAUCGACUCGAUUGAUGCCGAUGAUAGAUGGGAUCAUGUUUUCAAAUGCGUCAAGGCACAGCAACAAGGAGAGCACAAGUUCGUUGAAUUUUGCUUCAUAUGCAAUCAGGCAGUCGGAGGAUCCGAACGAUGGGAAAUUCAUUGUCAGGAACACGUCAGGAAAUGUGAAAUCCGUACACGAUGUGACUUCGUGAAGUUCCGCCGAGCCAUCGCCUACGCUGGCAACUGCAUAACAUGCCUACAUAACGAACAACUGCCUGCUGCAAGACGGCUUUACGGGUUCAUGAAGCAGUCGAGCUGGAAGAAACACAUUCACGAAUGUUUCUUUUCUUACAUAAACAAAUCUGGUUCCCAAACGGAGCUUCAUUGUCCAGAUCCUCUUUGCUCAACAGAGUACGACUCAACAGAGGACUUAUGGUACCACCUACAGGACGCCCACAGCUAUCCCUCUCCAAAGGCUGGUUGCCGGUUGAAAACUGAAAAGGAUCCAUUCAUGAGGGAUUAUGCGGCGCCAAAUCGUCACCAGCCAAAGCGUCGUCGAAUUCGUGAAAUCAGCACCGAUGUGAUUAAGAAAGACCCUUUUGAAACUCAGUCUGAAACGAUUUGCACCACGCCGUCUACUCUUAGCAUUCUUUCAACAAGUUGCGACUCUUUUGAUGCGAGCACCCCUGUGCCCCCAAUUUCUGAAGAUGAUUCACACUACGCGGCAAAACAAAAAUUUCUGCAACUGGAAACAAGCGCCCUUACUGCUCUCGCAGAGUCUAACAGUAUUUCUGGGAACUUCAAAGUUGUCAACACCGGAUUGAACAUUAACUCCAUCACUUCUAUGGAGGAAACAGGGUGCUCGUCAAGCAACAAUAAUACAUCGCACCUCGAUCCUUCUUCAAACUCUAAGAUCUGCGAGCCUGUCAAGAUUCUCGGAUUCGCUGUAGAAUUGGCGGAUCCAGAUCUUCUUGGGGUGACGACGAGCCAUAACCUAUUUCCAGAUAAGGUACCUUUGCAAACAAAGAGCCAGCCAAUGGCAAUCGAUGAAGAACAAGACAUAUGGGAGGCCGAGGAACUGCUUGCAAGACGUCGUCGUGGCCGGGAGAUUCAAUAUCUUGUCAAGUGGAAAGGUUUCCCAGAUGAUGACAAUACUUGGGAACCAACGAAGAACAUUUUUGACAAGCAUCUCAUCAAGAGCUUCAAUUCUAGCAGGAGAUGA